AGAGUUUCCUUCCGCCUGAUUUUCUGCCCCACCCCGCCUGUGGAGGGGAGCGAUACAGCGGCCUCCUGGGUGCUUGGGCCCACCCCCCACGAAAGACAGCUCACAGCCCGGCUGCACCCACGGGGGACAUUCGCACACACUCCCCUCACCGACCCCCGCACCGCUCACCACGCCGGAAGCGGCGGUGACGCGUUCCCAGGCCGCCUAUCAGGGCGCUGCCGGAAGCACGCCCCGCGCCGGAGUGGUGCGGGGUGUGGAGUGCGGGGGCGAUGCCGGGUAGGAAAUCAGCCAAGGAGAAGAAGCGGCGGCGAUCGCGCUCCUGCUGCCCGGAGGGAGCCCCGGGGCCGGGCGGCAGCGAGAGAAAGCGGCGGAGUACCGAGUCCAGCCACGGUGCCGCGGAGGAAGCAAAAUGCAAUGUACCAACCGGAGAGAAAGUGGAAGAAGAUGAACAACCCAGUGAUAUAGAAGAAGGAGGAUUAGAUCUCAGUGUGUCACUCAAACCUGUCAGUUUCUACAUUGCGGACAAAGAAGAAAUGCUGCAGCAGUGUUUUUGUGUUAUAGGAGAGAAAAAACUACAGAAGAUGCUGCCUGAUAUUUUAAAGAACUGUUCCAUGGAUGAAAUCAAAGAGCUUUGCUUGGAGCAGUUGGAGCUGUUAUCUGAAAAAAAACUGUUGAAGAUACUUGAAGGCAAGGUUGGAGCCGAGUCUGAUACGGACGAGGAGGCAGAUGGAGGAGAAAAGACUGGAGGUGAAUCAGUCAGUCAGCAGGACAACAGUAUAGACUCUACUUCUUCUCUGAGAGACGAAAACAAGCUGGAAAGUCAGGAGGCAAAACAAGGCAAGGGAGAAGAUAGUGAUGUCCUCAGCAUAAAUGCAGAUGCAUAUGAUAGUGACAUAGAAGGCCCAUGCAAUGAAGAAGACUGCCCAGACAUGCAAGAAAUUACUGUCAAAAGUGAAGCUGGUCAGAUAGAUGACCUUGAGAAAGACAUUGAGAAAAGUGUGAAUGAGAUUCUGGGAUUGGCAGAAUCCAGUCCAAAGGAGACCAAAGCAGAAACCUUAGCUGUUCCUCCAUCAGAAGAUGUUCAGCCAUCAGCACAGCAGCUGGAGCUUCUCGAGCUUGAGAUGAGGGCCAGAGCUAUUAAGGCUCUGAUGAAAGCUGGUGAUAUGAAAAAUCAGCUCUGAGAUUGUUUUGGUUUAGUUUUCAAGUAUUUGUU